CCACUACAUUCAAUCAAACCCACAAAUUAUCUGGAAGACAUUGUUCGUGUUAUUCAAUGCUCCAUUUGUUGGCAUCGUUGAAUUGUCUACUCAGCCUCAGCGCUGUGUUAUACCUCCACGACCUCGGGGUCCGACUAUUUGCUCGGCCCUCGGCCCAGGAGGCACUUACGGAUUUGUCGUCAUAGACUCAACAAAGAUCGCUAAUCAACAUCAACUGUAAUAUAUGACAAUAUCCCCGCACAGAAUCAACAACAUCUGGUCGUUACACGGAUCUAUCUCAACCAUUCUAUAGCCUAGUCACUCUCCAAAAGAACCAUCAUGGCUCGACUGCCCUAUCCAGAGCCGCCUAAACAGCAUGCCAAAUCGCACCCUACGCUCAACAUCAUGAAACUUCUAUCCUACAGCACAGCAACUGUUGAUCACUGGGCAGGGCUAGGGAACGCCCAGUUCAAGCAUUUAUCACUCUCAGCCAGACACCGUGAAUUGGUGAUUAUGUUGACAACGUCAAAGUUCAACUCAACCUAUGAAUGGACCCAUCAUAUUCCCGUAUCAUUGAAGGCCGGUGUGACCGAACAGCAGCAAGCGGCGCUGAAAGCAUCCGCUAAGGAAAAGAACUUCUUCAUCGACAGGAAAUUUGACAAUGGGGCGGCGGGAUUCAGCGACAAAGAUCUCAUCUUGCUCAGCUUCGUCGAAACAAUUAUCCAACAGCCUGAAGUUAGUGAUGAGCUGUGGAAGAGUGUUAAGGGUGUAUUCUCUGAUAGAGAAAUCGUGGAGAUCAUUACCCUUCAGGGAUCUUAUUACUCGUUUUCACGCUUGACUACUGUUCUGCAGUGCGAUUUUGAUGAUUGGGCCAAGUCUAAACUUUGAUCUUUCUCUUCUGUGAAUGGAGUGAUGGAAUAUGGGCCAAUGGAAAUCAUCUGAGUAUCGCUUGCAUAAAUAGGCUUCUUCCUUGGGCGGUAUUCCUAGCAUGCGAACCUGCUUCCCACUCCUGAUGUCCCGUCUGCUAGCGGUGGUUUCAUUGUUCAGUUGGUUCCCAAACAGGCGAUGAAGCUUCUGGAUCGCGCCAGAAAUAGGAGACUUGUAUAUAUGGUGAUUUAGAAUUUGUAGUGAGGCUGGUACACGAUACUACAACUUCAAGAAGGGAUUGGUUGUCGCCAAGAUCAGUCCAGCUUCAUUCUUUCCAGGUACAGGCCGAGGAACAAAUCGUCUGCAGUAUGCCUACGAUCAAUACCAUAGCCAUCUCGAUGACCUUGUAGAUUAGCCCGGACGGAGAAUUGCGAAUCAAGCAGGCUACUUUGAAGAGAG